AUGGCAAACAAUGAUCUCAAAUCCCCGCUCCUCCCCUCUCAGCCGUCUGAUCCUCCUCAUCUAAUCCUCACCGUUCAUGAGUCUGACUAUUCCAUUCAACAAUCCAGCAACAACAACCACAGCCUCAACCCUAAUCCUAACCUCAAUACUUCUUCCCGCAAUCCGUUUGAAUUUCUUGGGUCAGAUGGGUUAUCCGUAUCCGCACCAUCAACAUUGGAUCCGUUUAGAAAUGAUACGCCUACUAUUGAGGGAUUAUAUGAAUUGAUUAAGAUUGUGAUUUGUUUGCCGAUUGCAAUUGCACGAUUGGUGCUUUUUGGGGUUUGUUUGGUUAUAGGGUAUGUUGCAACGAAAAUUGCAUUACAUGGAUGGAAGGAUAAGCAUAAUCCUAUGUCCAAAUGGAGGUCUCGGUUAAUGUGGGUCACUAGGGUUUCUGCUCGCUGUAUCUUAUUCUCUUUUGGUUAUCAUUGGAUUAAAAGGAAAGGAAAGCUAGCUCCAAGAGAAAUUGCACCGAUUGUUGUGUCUAAUCAUGUGAUAUAUGUCGAUAGGUUUUCACCAUCAUCAAGGAAGCAUGCCGUUAAUGAAAUAAAGAGAAAGGCUUCUUGCGAUAGAUUUCCUCGAGUUCUUUUGUUUCCUGAGGGAACGACAACUAAUGGAAAGGUCCUCAUUUCAUUCCAACUUGGAGCGUUCAUCCCUGGUUAUGCAAUUCAACCAGUAGAAUAUCUACCAAUUAUUUCACCCCUUGAUAAUUGCAAAGAAAAUCCUUCCCAUUUUGCCAAGAGGACAGGCCAUGCUAUUGCAUCUGCUCUCAAUGUCGUUCAAACUUAUCACUCUUAUGGCGACUUGAUGCUUCUCAUGAAAGCAUCUGAGUUGAAGCAGGAGAAGCCCUCGAGUUAUAUGGUUGAAAUGGCGAAGGUGGAAUCAUUGUUUCAUAUAAGCAGCUUGGAAGCUGUGGACUUUCUGCAGAAGUUUCUGUCUAUGAAUCCAGAUGCCAGGCUACUAUCUAGUUAUGGACUGCUGAAUUGGUAUCAUGGGAGGAAAAAUUUGAAGACAGUUCUACCUUCAGCAUUCAACUACUGUAAUUACUCGACUCCCUGGCAAGCUCCUGCUGGUGGGAUUCUUGCAUCUCUUGAACUCAGUGGUGAAACUGAAGACUGUCAAGCUCUCUUUAAUUGUAGUCUUACAUGCUUGGAUCCUGCUUCCCUUUGUUUUUCCAUACUGUUUCUCCUUUUUGUUAAGAAAUUCUUGUGCGGUCGUGUUGAAUUCCAUGACUUUUUGAGGGCUUUCAGACUGAGGUCUUGUACACUUACAGAAGAGCUAUUUGGGUUCCUUGAUGUAGAGAAGAGUGGAUCAAUUACAUUCAAGCAGUACUUGUAUGGAUCAGCCCAUGUCAUGAAGCGACCACUAUUCCGACAAGCCUGCGAACUAGCUUUUACAGAAUGUGAUGCUGGAGGACAUAAUCAAAUUUCAGAACAAGAAUUGGGAGAUACCAUUAGACUUGCAAUUCCAGACUUGGAUGGGGAUGAGCUCCAUGAGCUCUUCAAUAUAUUUGAUACCGAUGGUGAUGGGUUUGUCAGGAAGGAUAAUUUUAUUUCUUGUCUAAGACGGAACCCUUUGUUGAUAGCACUUUUUACACCUUGUUUGGUUCACAAGGACUCGUCAAAAGUUGGUCAUGGGAUCCUGGAGGAGAUUGGAGUUGACACGGUGGUGGGUUUUGACGAACUUGACAAAAGAGAAAGCAUCGAUGAAUAA